CACAAAUUGCCUUCGAAGCAAAACCAAGAACCAAAAGUCAACUGCAAAAGGAGUCGGAUACUAAAAUUUAUGUGAAAUGGAGUCAGGGGAUAGCGUCAACGCAUCUUGUAUCAAGGCAAAAGACGAGAUGACUGACAGAGCCAGUGACCAGGGCCAAUUGGACGAGAGUGAGGAAGACCUAGACGAUGAUGGUACACAAACAGUAUCAGGUGAAGUGCCGCUACAACAUUACACUUCUGGCGAAAGAGGCUACAGCUCGUUAAAAACAUUCAAUGGCCGGCCAUACACAGGCAUGGCUGUGGGCGGCUCUCACACUUGGAACUACGAGAAUGGACUAUGGAAGGAGACCAAGACCGAGCCAGACCUCUGGAAAGUAGAUUACGAGGCAACAAAGCGACGCAUGAGAAGAGCCCCCAAAGGAAGUGGCGUGCCUGUGGGUGCGCAGUAUCAUUGGUAUAUUAUCGCGCAUCAGUAUGUCGAGAAAGUCGAUGAGAAUACUUAUGAAACACAUCUUGUCGGUUCGAAAUAUAAGCUAGCUCACAAAUCGGCCACGGCUAAGGCGUGGUCUAUUCCCACGGUCAAAGGGCAACGAGAUAGAGAGCUUGACAUCCUUGACGAUGCGAAGGCCCGUCUUCAGGGCCUACCACCGGUGCUGGCGAGCGAGAAGGUAAAGGAGAAGAAACAGGAGAAGGGGCAGCAGACCUUAGAUACAUUGUUUACAAAACGAAAAGCUGCUGAGGAAGACGACAAUGUCAAGAAGAAAACAAAAGUUGUGAUGAAUAAAGAACAG